UCGAGCUAAAAUCACUUGGACCAAGGCUGAUGGAUUAGCCCCCACUGCCAUACAGUAGAGGUGGUCCUCGGUUUACCACACAGUCUGGACAUAGCCAGAUCUAUUUCUGUGGAGUGGCCACGGUGACGCGACAACUGACAAAGCGGUGGUCACAAGGUGACAUCAGUAGGGUGGUAGGAAAUGCCCCCAAUAGCCACCACGGAGCUCCAGCCCUGGAGAGGGGCAACAUAACUGGAAUGUGUAUGUAUGUACCGGUAAGUCAGAACCGACAACAACAACAAAAUGUCAGUCAUAACUGCAGUAAAUAUUUCAGAUUUAUAAAUGUUGUUUUACUCUUCCCCCACACACACAUAUUUGGGGGAAAAAAUGGCUGCUAAUGUUUUUAAGCACCCCUUUGUUGAAUGUGUUCCGUAAAUGUAAAAUACAGUCAAACCUUGUUUUCGACGUACGCCGUUCAUGUUUCCACUGCAAUAACGUCAUUAAUUUUAGAUUUUGCCUAUGUUGCUUACAACGAACACCGUUAUCACGUAAACGUCAUUAUAACGACCAGGUUUUUCCCACAAAAUAGUGAAAAGGCCUUUGUUUCAGCGAACCGUGGGAAGCUGACUACCGCCGCGACCUUGCUUAUGACCAAAAUGUACAGCGCGGGAUUCCCCUUUGUUGCUUAGCAACCCGGCUGAUCGUGUACAUUGUUGUACUUCCGGGGGUGGGUGCGCAUGGUCUGAAAACGUGUCUGGUAAACGGAAGCUAAACUUGCAGUCGGUGAAGGCUGAAAUUGUCUCCCAGACGAAGCUCAGCCGAGACUACAAAUUGGCACAGUACGAUUUUGACAACCAUCUGUAAUGGCAACAAAAUCAUGGCAGAGUUUGAGUCUAGAUGAUCGGAAAUGCUUUCGGGCCCUGUCAGGCUGACCGCGUAAUGACAGAGCUGGCGCAUAUGAAAUGACCGUGCCCAUACGCCCUCUGCCAGUCACCUCCCUUUUCACUGGCCCCAUAUAAGCCUCCUACUUGGGGGCGGGGGGGCUCCUCUCCACCGAAUCUCCUCGCUUGCUUCCUCCAAAAGGAAAACAUCAGCCAGGACCGAGUUGCGUCGACCGGACCAAACCAUGGACAACCAUUCGUACCAUCAUUCGUACAACUACCCCUCCGACUGCACCCCGCUCACCAACUGCAAGUCUGCCCGCAAACCAGCCGGCUCCACCGCGGUCAACAUGGGCAACGUGGGCCAGAACCCACCUCGGGACUACAUCUUCUGGUCUCUGUGCAACACCUUGUAUGUGAACUUCUGCUGCUUGGGAUUCAUGGCUCUCCUGUAUUCCAUCAAGGCCCGCGACCAGAAGACCCAGGGUAACUUGGAGCUGGCCCAGGAGUGCUCCGAUAAAGCCAAAUGGUACAACAUCCUGGCCGCCGGCUGGAACCUUCUGAUUCCUCUCCUGGCCGUCGUCCUGCUGGUGCUCCUGCUGGUCCACCUGGGCUCCUCUCAGGGCUCCUUCGACUUUCUCGGAGAGGACGGCCUACAGAAUUUCCUGAAGCUAUUCAGCUGGUAGAGCGACGGAACAAAAGCCGCCAAGCCCAUUUUCAUCAUCGUCGAGAUAUUUGAUUUGAUUUGAAGGGGAAGCGCCACCGCGGCGGCGUCGUUGGACUGAACUUUGGCCUGACUAAAUGAAGCUCCGCCCCCUCAGUUUAACUCAUUCAGCGCCAGCCAUUUUCAGACCCUUCUUUACCCUACCAGCGUGAAAAAAAAUACACAGACCAGGGAUUUAAUUGAACAAAAAUAUGGAAAAAAAACAUCCUUGGUAUUGAAUGAUCAAUAUGCCACUGGAUGAUGCUAAAAUAAUAGUUGGGUUUUUUUUUCAACAAAUAACAGAAGUUAGUGUCCUCUUCAAAAAUUGAGAAUUGACGAAUUUGCGAAUGCCUGACCAUAUCUAUGUGGGCAGGGUGGGCUCACCGUAUUUGGGAGAAACAUUAGCAUGAACGCACAGCAACAUUUAACAAUAUUCUGGACAAAUUUGGAUCUCAAAACAAAGAUGGCGGCAUUCUUGUAUUGUUGCAUUUCUCGCGGAGUCAAUUUCGAAGCUGCGGAUUUUGAAAUAUGUUCAUUAUAUUUAUUGUAUUUAUGCAGCCCCCGUCGCGCUACAGAUUUCCUUCUCACGACUUAAUCCGAUCUUCACUUUUAUUUAGAAACAUCUUGAACUAUGACAAGAAAUAGCGAUUGUUGGAAGCCAAAGGUUUGUCAUCGUGUUGAAUUCAGAACGGGGUAACAACCAUCUCGGUCUAUGGGUUGAAGAUGUUUUCCUCGCGCGAGUUUAUAUUGGAGAGACACAGCCAAUUUCAGUAAGGAAUCAUUUUUCGGUAGAACGAGAAAUCGCUAAAGUCAAAUUAGUGUAUGUAUUCAUUGUGUUAGCAUUUACAGGGUAGCAGAAAAAGAUGGACAUCAUUUAGAAUAUCAAUAUCAAACGUGUCUUACGCAUACAAAAUGAAAUAGGCUUGGCGUUGAAAAAUACAAGAUUUAUUGAUCAAAAUUCCAACAAAACAUUUUGAAUUUUGUGAGCCAAUUUCAAACCGACUUCAUGAAAGAUGAGCCGAGUGGCAGAAGUGAGGUGGUCACCCUGAAGCAAAAGAAAAAGCCAAACCCGAAACAUAGGAGUUCACACAAUUUAAAACUCGAGAUCGUUUGAGUGAGAAUUGGCUACGUUAUUGGACGACUAAAUUGUGUCCAUUUUUUGGUGGUACCCCUGUCUGCAUUAUCUUAUCUUUUUUUUGUUGUUGUUCUUAUUUUGCAUAGCUUUUAAUAAACCCACUAAAUUCAGUGGAACGCUGAAAAAAA